GCGGGGUGCCCGGGAUGCCGCCGCGGCCACCUCUCGGCUUCGGGUCCGGCUCGGGCUCAGCGGGCGCAGGGAGUGGGGCGGCCCGCGGCACGACAGGCGCAAAACGAACGCACUAAGCACCUGUCUGCCAUGUCCAGAAAGAAGACCUCCAAGAGCAAGGCGGGCAGUGUGCCCGCUGCCUCCGCGCUGCCUUCUGCCAACGGGGCCCGGCCUGCGCGCCCCGGGACUGCGCGCCCUGGCCCCGAGGCGCCGCCCAACGGGCCCCAGCAGCCCGGCCGGCUGUCACUUGGCGGGGGUGGUGACUUCUACGACAUCGCUUUCAAGGUCAUGUUGGUGGGAGACUCAGGCGUGGGGAAAACCUGUUUGCUUGUGCGCUUCAAGGAUGGUGCUUUCCUGGCAGGCACCUUCAUCUCCACUGUGGGCAUCGACUUCCGGAAUAAAGUUCUGGAUGUGGACGGGAUGAAGGUGAAGCUGCAGAUCUGGGACACAGCUGGCCAAGAGCGGUUCCGCAGUGUCACCCAUGCCUACUACCGGGAUGCACAUGCACUGCUGCUCCUCUUCGAUGUCACCAACAAGGCCUCCUUUGACAACAUCCAGGCCUGGCUGACUGAGAUCCAGGAAUAUGCCCAGAACGACGUGGUACUCAUGCUGCUGGGGAACAAGGUGGAUUCUGCCCAGGAACGUGUGGUGAAGAGGGAGGAUGGAGAGAAGCUGGCCAAGGAGUAUGGACUGCCCUACAUGGAGACCAGUGCCAAGACAGGUGUCAACGUAGACUUGGCCUUCACUGCCAUAGCAAAGGAGUUGAAACAGCGCAUCAUGAAGGUACCCAGUGAACCCCACUUCCGGCUGCAUGACUAUGUGAAACGGCAAGGCCGAGGGCCCUUCUGCUGUCAAUCCUGAACGAGGGUGAAUUUAGUUCUAUUCUGAAGGGACCCAGCCCCAGAAGAUGGACAGAAGCUCUACAGCCAGCAGCUCCCAGGGACUCCUGAGUCAAGUCUCACCCCAUCUCUGUCCCAGCAGCAAUCUCAAACCUCCAUUUCCAAAAAUCAAAGGUCCUUAGCCCCAGAGAGGACUCCUUGCAAGUAUAGACCAUGCCGUGGCACUCUGCUGCCCCCUCUUGGGCAUUCCUAAAGGACCAGGCCACAGGCCAACACAUGUAUAUGCUUCUGUGUGCCCCAAAGACCAGCCAAAACUGGUUAGGGUACCCACAUGACAAGCCUUGUAAGGCCCGGCCACAGCUGAGACCUGAUGUUGCCAACUCUUCAUCUUGUACUAGUAGAGUGAUUAAACCAGUCUUUUGAUUGCAAA